AUGGCAAUAUCCACUGAUGAACGAAGAAGGAAAACUAAUGGAAGAGAAUACGAUACUCCCCGACUAAUACCAUGUACCCCAACGGAGUUAGAUGUGCUCCUAGACAAGUGGAUAGCAAACGGAGUCUUCAAGCCUAAUCAAGUCUCUAAGGAGCCCACAGAGGAAGAGCAGAGGGACCCACGCUUCUGCUAUCUGCACAAUUACAUGCAACACCCUACCGCAAAAUGUUGGGUACUCCGUAGACUGGUACACCACAAGAUCAAAGAAGGGGCUUUAGAACUAUUCCAGCAGGAAGUUCAAAGAAACCCGCUCCCAAAUCACAAAGGGAAGGGUGUAGCAGCAAUAAAAAACUCCAAAUUCAAGAAUUUGUUUGACCAAUUGGGGCUUACGGCGAAAGAGCAAAAGAUAGCCAUAGAGGCCCUGGUGAGCAUUGCCUCCAGGGCAAGAAUAGAAUGUUUAACAUCGGAAGUUACAGAUGACAGACCCCUUUUGCAAGAAUCAAGUGAAAUCACUUUUAGUGAUGAGGAUAUGGAGGUGGGGUACCCAGACCACAGGAGGCCCCUUUACUUAGCAGCAUCCAUAAAUCAAAUCCCCAUCAAGAGAGCCUUGGUGGAUACAGGUGCUUCCGUAAAUCUCAUCCCAUUAAGCACUCUGCAAGCGGUAGGAAUUUCAAAAAGAAAGAUUCAGGGGUGUCCAAUGGAAGUGACAGGGUUCGAAGGAAGGGGCGAAUACACCGCAGGCCACAUCCAACUAUGGUUAAAGGUGGGCCCCAUAGCUUCCUUAGCUCGGUUCCACGUGGUAAAGACAGAGGUCUCGUAUCAUGUGUUUUUAGGGAGGUCAUGGUUGUACAAACACCGAUUAGUCCCGUCCGCCUAUCACCAAUGCGUGAAGGGAAGGUUGAAUGGUAGAAUGAUACGUAUAGCAGCAAAUCUGUCGCCAUUUGAGCAAGCGAAGGCUCAUCUAGUAGAAACUAUAUUCUACGACCAAUGGGCACCAUCUGGAGAGAAAUCAAUAUCAAAACCACGAGGCACCUUCAUACCCAGAUGGGAGGAUGUCCGGAAUGACCCCGAACCAAAUCUAAGGGAGUUGCUGUCAUAG